UCUCCCAUUUUCCACACAAAGACAGCACAGCGCCCCUCACAGGAAUGGAGGUGCACAUUGCCGCUAAACCAAGCAUCGCCAUAUUGAUGUCCCAACAACGUCGAGAGGGCAUAUGACAGUGGGAAUCCUAGUGAUGACUCUACUGAGCCCGGUGCCCCCUGAUUAGACUGGUUGGAUGUCCUCCUUAACAACUACAACAAUCAGCCUCUACCAAACCAACGUAGCAUCAGCUCUGCAGCGACCCCACCUGUCACCUGCAGCUUGGAGGAAACCUCCAAGGUACCAUUCACACGGUGAUCCAGAGAACAUCCUGUGUAUAAUAUGUCCGGCUCUGUCCCAAGCCGCUCUCGAGUUUACUCUGAUGUAAACACACAGAGGCCUCGGGAAUACUGGGACUACGAGUCCCAUGUGGUGGAAUGGGGGAACCAAGAUGACUACCAGCUGGUGCGCAAACUAGGACGAGGCAAAUACAGUGAGGUGUUUGAAGCCAUAAAUAUCACCAACAAUGAGAAGGUUGUUGUCAAAAUACUCAAGCCUGUCAAAAAGAAGAAAAUCAAGAGAGAAAUCAAGAUUCUGGAGAACUUGCGAGGCGGUCCCAACAUCAUCUCACUUUUAGACAUCGUCAAGGAUCCUGUGUCUCGAACUCCCGCGCUGGUUUUUGAGCAUGUAAACAACACUGAUUUCAAGCAACUGUAUCAAACUUUAUCAGACUUCGACAUACGGUUCUACAUGUUUGAAAUAUUGAAGGCCCUUGACUACUGUCACAGUAUGGGGAUCAUGCACAGAGAUGUCAAGCCACACAAUGUGAUGAUUGAUCAUGAACACAGAAAGCUCCGUCUGAUCGACUGGGGCUUGGCAGAGUUCUACCACCCUAACCAGGAGUACAAUGUGAGAGUGGCCUCGCGCUACUUCAAAGGACCUGAGCUGCUGGUAGACUAUCAGAUGUAUGACUACAGUUUAGACAUGUGGAGUUUGGGCUGUAUGUUGGCCAGCAUGAUCUUCAGGAAGGAGCCUUUCUUCCAUGGACACGACAACUACGACCAGCUCGUACGGAUUGCUAAAGUCCUCGGCACAGAGGACUUGUAUGACUACAUCGACAAGUACAACAUUGAACUAGACCCACGGUUUAAUGACAUUCUGGGCAGACACUCCCGUAAGAGGUGGGAGAGGUUUGUGCACAGUGAGAACCAGCACCUGGUGAGCACAGAGGCACUGGACUUCCUGGACAAGCUGCUGCGUUACGACCACAACGCUCGCCUCACGGCCCGGGAGGCCAUGGAACACCCAUACUUCUACCCCGUUGUUAAAGAUCAGGGAAGGGGCAGCACUCCUGGAGGAAUGGUUACCAGCUCCACUCCAGUCAGCUCUUCCAGUAUGAUGGCAGGUAUCACCUCCACAAAGGCACUGGCUAACAACGCUGGAUCACCUGUCAUUUCUGCCCCCAACACUCUGGCCCCACAAGUCCCAGCGGCCGGGGCACAGCCCUGAAACCUCCACCACCUCCUCCCAGCGGCCGCCGUGGCACAGCCCUGAAACCUCCACCACCUCCCAGUGGCCACCGGGGCACAGCCCUGAAACCUCCACCUCCUCCUCCCAUCUGCCACCGGGGCACAGCCCUGAAACCACCACCUCCUCAUGGGACCUCCUCACCUAUGUUUGUGUGGGCCCGUGGUUCGGUUCAGCCCACCCCACUCUCUACUAUGUGUUGGCCUGGCCCGUGGGUUUCCUUUUUAUUACGUUGAGAAGAAUGAUGGAGAAAAGAUGUUGAAAUUGCUUUUCCCUGUUCAGUUAUAUUUUGAGAUCUGGACUUGACAUCAUUUUUUAUUGUCGCACCUGUCUGGAUGAUUGAAAGUAGUAAAUAACAUACAUGGGGUGUGUUACUUCACAAAAUGCCAGUGGUCUAGGAAUUCUAAUACAAUGUUGACAUGAUGAAGAAGAAGAGAAUGGAUAAUAACAUUUAUUUUGUAUGUCCCAAAUAUACAGUCUAGCUUGAAACAGUUUGUUUGGGGAUUCCUGCUGUUGCAAUACACUGAACCUGUAGACAACUUCACAAAACGAGACAGGAUUCUCUGAUGUAGCCUCCACUUGACAGUGGUGGAUAGUUGCUCACACACUACUGUUAAGUGCAGGAGUUACCGGUGUUUUGAAGUUGUUAGAAGCUAUGGUACUUGGAUUGGACAUCUGUAGAUACUCUACAGUAACUGUUAGGUUGCAUGCACCAAAUGCUGACUAUCACAGGGUCAAUAGUUUGCCAAUUUGGUGUUACUUUUACUUCUGUAUGUAUACAUGUUUGUUUUUUAAUGCGGUCUCUUACACAUGAUUUUGAAUACAUAGGCAAUUUUGUAACUUUUUGUUUUUAAUUUGGGAGGAGUCUUAUCACUUGCAAAAAAAAUCGACUUCAUAAAUAAACAAUUUUAAACAGGCA